UAGAUUAUUUCUAAAUUAAAAAAUGUCGUUGAUAUCUCCCUGUAGUUAUGUAUACUUAUACAGACUUUUUCGAAUAUUUUGUACUAUGUGUUUGGCUUCUUUAAUCAUUGUGGUUAUACAAGAACAAACUUAUCAGAACAGAAUUAUAAACAGUCAAAUCAAAGAGAGCCCUAGCACAGUUGAAGUUUCAAUGUUUACAGAUUUGGAAAGUUCUGACUUAACGGCAUACAAUUCCAGAUUGUUUGAAAUGAGAACUGAACUUACGCAGACUAUUUGCAACAACAGCAAGGUAGAACAGCAUUUUGAUCACAGGCAUUAUUACAUAUUAAAGGAUAAGCAUCUAGUUUGGUGUCCAGUAUUCAAGGCCGCCUCUACUAAUUGGCUUUAUAAUCUCAUAAGAUUGUCAGGAAGAUCAGAGAUAGAACUUGAGCUGCUAAAGAAAAAACAUCCAAGUCAACCGAAUGAGCAAGGACGAAUUGUUGCCCCAGUUCUUUCACUUAAAGAAACUGUGAAUCAUCUUAACAAACCUUUAAUGAAAAAACUGCUGAUUACAAGGCAUCCCUUUGACAGGUUGGUUUCUGCAUUUAGAGAUAAAUUAGAGAGAUGUAUCAACCCCAAGUGCAUACUUACAAAAGAAUGGUACUAUAAGAAGUAUGGGAAAGAAAUAGUGAGAAUGUACAGACAAAAAUCUAUUCAGCGACACGGAGAAACCUAUUACAGUAAAAGGAAUAAUUAUGGAUCUCCGUACCCUGUUCUACACAGAAUAGUUGAACUUCCAACCUUCUGGGAGUUUGUUCAAUGGAUUAUUCACAAAAAUGUUCAUAAAUUCGAUGAGCACUGGAAACCAAUGUAUUUGUACUGUUCGCCCUGCACUCAUUCAUAUAACUACAUUUUAAAGUUUGAGAGUAUAGAAGAAGAAGAAAGAAUACUGAGCAGAAUGUGGAAUACAACAAAAAUACAAAAUAAUUGGGAGAAUAGAAAUGAUAAUGGUCUCAAAAAGAUGGAUAUUACGAUGAGCUACUUUAAACUCCUGGACAAAAAUGAUAUUUUAAAAUUGUAUGAAAUUUACAAAUAUGACUUCUUAAUGUUUGAUUAUGAUGCUAAACCGUUUUUAUAGAUAUUAAAAAGUUCCUAAUUUUAAUAAAAUUACAUUUUUGUGUGAAAAAAUUCA